CCGCGCCCCGGGAGCGCGCGCCACGGGCCGGAAGUGACGCGCUCGGUGCCCGCGUCUUCCCGCCCUGCCCUUCGCCCGCUUCUCGGUGGCGGGAACCAGGGAGACCGUGCUCACUGCAGCGAAUGGUGAAGUAAUCAUGCAGGCUUUUCUAAAAGGCACAUCUGUUAGUACUAAACCACCACUGAAGGAUCGAGGAGUAGCUACCACAGCUGGAAGCAGUGGAGAGAACAAGAAAACCAAACCUGUCCCAUGGGUGGAAAAAUAUCGCCCAAAAUGUGUGGAUGAAGUUGCUUUCCAGGAAGAAGUGGUUGCAGUGCUGAAAAAGUCUUUAGAAGGAGCUGAUCUCCCUAAUCUCUUGUUUUAUGGGCCACCUGGAACUGGAAAAACAUCCACUAUUUUGGCAGCAGCUAGGGAGCUUUUUGGGCCUGAACUUUUUCGAUUAAGAGUUCUUGAGUUAAAUGCAUCUGAUGAACGUGGAAUACAAGUAGUUAGAGAAAAAGUGAAGAAUUUUGCUCAAUUAACUGUGUCAGGAAGUCGUUCAGAUGGGAAGCCAUGUCCUCCUUUUAAGAUUGUGAUUCUGGAUGAGGCAGAUUCUAUGACCUCAGCUGCUCAGGCAGCUUUACGACGUACCAUGGAAAAGGAGUCUAAAACCACGAGAUUCUGUCUCAUCUGUAACUAUGUCAGUCGAAUAAUUGAACCUCUGACGUCUAGAUGUUCUAAAUUCCGAUUCAAACCACUGUCAGAUAAAAUUCAACAGCAGCGAUUACUAGACAUUGCUGAUAAAGAACAUGUCAAAAUUAGCAAUGAGGGAAUAGCUUAUCUUGUUAAAGUGUCAGAAGGAGAUUUAAGAAAAGCCAUUACAUUUCUUCAAAGCGCUACCCGAUUAACGGGUGGAAAGAUCACAGAGAAGGUGAUUACAGACAUUGCUGGGGUAAUACCAGCGGAGACAAUUGAUGGAAUAUUUGCUGCAUGUCAGAGUGGCUCAUUUGACAAACUAGAAGCUGUGGUAAAAGACUUAAUUGAUGAGGGUCAUGCAGCAACUCAGCUUGUAAAUCAAUUUCAUGAUGUGGUGGUAGAAAAUGAUAACCUUUCUGAUAAACAGAAAUCCAUUAUCACAGAAAAACUUGCCGAAGUAGACAAAUGCUUAGCAGAUGGUGCUGAUGAACAUCUACAAUUGAUCAGCCUCUGUGCGACAGUGAUGCAGCAGUUAACUCAGAAUUGCUGAAGUGAUCAUUUUUAUAAGAUUUCAGUUUUUUAAGUAUGAUCUGAUAAAAAUAAAAAUGACCAAAGCACCUUUAAA